UGUCAGUCAUAGGACUGUCGGUCUGCCAGUACUAUUCUUGUUCUAUCGCCCUGGACGGCCUUCUAGCAGGUCCGUUCCGUCUAGUCAUGGCCACUAUUGAUCUUGUCCCGACCUGAUCCCCUCCAUUCCCCAAAGCAAAGGCGACCACAGAGCCGGAGAUGCUGACCCAAGAUAGAAACAGUCAUCCUGUUACUCCGGAGUACUCAAGAGGAUCAUGGCCCGAAAGACACAUACGAGGUCUGACUGCAGUGCUCCGUGCUCUUUGUCAUUCGCUCAGGUACCUCGUAGCUUAGCUCAGUAUCACCUAACCAGACUAAAGAGCUGCUAGCUACUUGCUGGAGCCCUUCGUACGAGCUAGCUCCGUGCAGUCUUCUACCCUGACAUAAACUGGAAUGCCAGCGCGACCAGAGUCCGAACUGAAACAACGCUCAUUCCAUCCCUUCGGUCGCAACGGUUAACGCGCCUGAUUCUCGGGGAACAAGGGAGGUCAAAACAACAUGUCACAGCAUUCUUGUUGGAACCCGACCUUCAGGGUGCGUCCUCGGAGCAAUUUCGUCUUGGCUCGAGCCAGAAAAUUACAGCAUGCGAAGGCCGUAAAUAUCCGGCCAGCUGGAUGGACAAGUCACGGCGAGCACUUGCCUCGAUCCGACCAAUGAAGCACGGACCCGG